UAUGGUCCGUAGUCGUCGGAUCAGAUGAGUUUAUUAUAUUUUUGUUAUAUUCCUUAAAUAAAAAUUUGCAAAUUGGACACCUUUGGAAAAAAUAGGCAAUACAUUCGAAAUUUAUAUUGCUUAUAUUAUCGCAUAUUUUUUGUGAGCUACUGAUGUAAUUGACUAAAUGUAAAAAUUGCAUUGUGUGGUAAAUGUCAAAAUUUCAGUCAGUGAAAUCGUGCUAAUCAUCGAGAUUAUAGUUGAAAAUUCGUGAUGUACUUAUAUUUGAAAACAUAUGGUAUUAGUGAACUGAGUGUUAUAUUUAGCGGUUUAUCGUAAUCGGCGUGUUGGCUGCACAUUGGAGAACGCAGGUGGAUGAAACAAUUUUGAGAAAGUGAAGGGUGCUGGAGCGUGCGGUGACUGGAGAUGAGCUCGCCACCGCCCGUGCAGGAGGUGGAAGUCGGAGACGAGUCUAUGGAAGACGACUCCGCCGACAUGAUACCCGCUGACAGAUUCACGCUGCCCGCGAAGGCCGACGCCGUGGUGGAGCUGUGGCGCGCGAAGAUGGCGGAGGGUGUGCUUUCGCCAGCGCAUUUCCAAGAUCACUGGAGGGUGACCGUGCCGAGGAUAUAUUCGCCGCAGCCUAACAGGAGCUGUUUGGACUGGUCGUUCGACGAAGAGUUGGCAGCGAAACUGCUCAUCCAACCAUUAGAGCAAUUAAUAUGGGGCUCCAGCGAAGGCUCAGCGCCGCCGCCCCCGCGGCGCUCCACUUUGUGCGGACGGGUGUUCAAGCAAGGGGAGCCGGCGUACAGUUGCCGCGAGUGUGGCAUGGACAACACAUGCGUACUCUGCGUGGAAUGCUUCAAAGUGUCCGCGCACAGACAUCACAAGUACAAAAUCGGACAAUCGGGCGGCGGUGGGUGCUGCGACUGCGGCGACACUGAGGCUUGGAAACGAGAUCCCUUCUGCGAACUGCAUGCAGGCCCCGAUGACGAAGAACAAGCACAGACCAGCAUCAGUCCUGAAGUUAUAGAACGGAUGAAGACCGUCGCGUCCGUCUGUCUGUCCUACUGCUUCAGGCUGCUCACACUUGAUCACGCUCCCGGCUUGCCCAACGAGUUGAGGUUAAAGGAUGCGGAGAGAGAACGGGAUCCACUGCAGAUCUUAGAUCAGCCUGACUGCUACUGUACAGUGCUUUAUAACGACGAAACACAUACGUUUGAACAGGUGAUAACGACCCUGACCCGCGUGAUGAAGGUGAACCACCGCGACGCCGUGGAGCUGGUGUCGCUCAUCGACCGCGAGGGCCGCGCGCUCGUCAAGUGCAGCUCCUUCCAGGUCUGCGACAAGCUCAAGAACGACAUCGAGAUCUGCACGGCGAUGUUCGAAAGGUUCACGUCCCGCACCGGUCCCGCGCUGAAGGUGCUCGUCAUGCACGCGCACGUGUUAGCGCACCAGACGUUCGCCAUGAAGCUUUUACAAUGGCUCCAAAACUUCGUAGCACAAGAGCCGUCGCUCCGCCUCGCGGUGUCCCUGGUGGCGCUCGGCGAGGACGCGGGGCCCGGAGCCGGCGCGCUGAGCGGCGGCGGCGGCGUGGCCGUCGGCGUCAUGCAGAACGACUGUCGCAUGUGGAAGGCCGCCCGGACUGCUUGGCAUCGGUUGUUGAUCGCUACGACCCUUAUGGACUAUACUACUAAGAAGACUAUGGCUAUAUUGUUCACUAAGAACUAUGGUUCGAUCCUCAAGGACUUCAUCCGUGAUGACCACGACCACUCGUUCUCCGUCUCGUCUCUCUCUGUACAACUGUACACUCCGCCUACAUUAGCCCAGCAUCUGAUAGCCAAGCAUGACGCGUUGUUCGUGGUCAUGAACACGUUCGUGAGCGAAUGCAACAGACGAUGCAAUAGCAAGGUAUUGUCUCACUCUAACUUAUCUCUCUCCGUACAACUGUACACUCCGCCUACACUAGCCCAGCAUCUGAUAGCCAAGCAUGACGCGUUGUUCGUGGUCAUGAACACGUUCGUGAGCGAAUGCAACAGACGAUGCAAUAGCAAGGGUCGCCUGGAGUUUGACCGCAACCACGUCUCAAUGGCGUUCAAACGCGCACAGUUCGUCCUAUACGACGUGAAGUACCUGCUCGGCUCUUUACCGACCAGUUUUGAUGAUGACUUGAGGAAGGGCUUCCUACACGGAUUGUCUCUGAUGCUGAACCUGCUGGUGAUGAUGCAGGGCAUGGACUCUGUCGUCAGACAGGUUGGUCAGCACAUGGAGUACGAGCCCGAAUGGGAGUCCGCCUUCAACCUGCACGUGAAGCUAGCUCACAGCAUCACUCUGUCCCUGGAGUGGUGCGCGCUUGAACGUGCGCUGUGUGCCUCUGCGUACCGCAUGGCGCUGCGCCGCCACGCCGACACCACGACCUACCAGCCGAGACAAGUCAAAGAACUGGGCAACCAAUCGGCCUCAGUGAUCCCCUACGACGUGUCAACCGAGCCCGUGUCCAUCCACCGGCCGCUGUCCCGGUUCCUGGCGGGGCUGCACCUGUCGCUCCACCGGCACGGCCUGAACUACCACAGCCCCGAGUUCGACCGCCAGGACCGACCGAAGCCCCCGCCGGAGGAACUUAUUGAGCCCGUGUUGAGAACCAUGGCCAUGAUCGCACAAGUCCACGCCGGCAUGUGGCGGCGGAACGGGUUCGCGCUGCUCAACCAGCUGUACUUCUACCACAACGUCAAGUGCCGCGCUGAGAUGCUGGACAGAGACGUCGUUAUGCUGCAGAUCGGAGCGUCUCUCAUAGAGAGCAACGAGUUCAUAAUCCACGUACUGAACAAGUUCAACCUCCUUGACUGGGCCGCAUCGGACUUCGAACAACGAGGGGUCGAAGACGAUGCCUUGAGGCACACCAUUAGCAUGCUUGAGGAGUUCCUAGGACUACUAAUAACUGUGGUGGGAUCUCGAUACGUGCCCGGUGUUGGAGAGGUCACCAAUGAAGACAGAACAAAGAAGGAGAUCAUACAGAUGCUUUGUGUCAAACCGAUGCCGCACUCUGAACUGAACAGAUCAUUACCCGAAGACCAGCUACACGAAACAGGCCUAGAAGCUGUCAUUCACGAGGUCGCCGACUUCAUAAAGCCCACGGGCGGUAAUAACCGUGGAGUCUACAAAUUGAAACCACAUCUAUAUGACGAAUACGACACGUUCUUCUAUCACUACACUAGGGAGGAACUUUCUAGGAGUGAAGAGGAACAGAGGAGUAGGAGGAAGGCUGCUGGUCUCCCCGAGUGUUGCCCGCCACCACCUCUACCCAAGUUGACGCCACCUUUCCGUCUGCUCGCGAGCUUACUACAAUGUGACGCCGUCAUGUAUGUUCUGAGGACGGUAUUAGAGCGAGCGUUAGACCUCAGGGCGAGGUCGUUUUCGGAGACUCAAGUGCAUAAGGCGCUCCACCUGAUGGGCUACGCGCUGCGCGACGAGGAGAGCGGGCACUACGAGUUCCUGGCGUUCGCCGAGAGCGCGCAGCGCGGCGGGCUGCUGGUGCUGCUGCAGCGCCUCGUGGCCAGCCCGCGCGUCGACGCGCACCGCCCGCUCGCCAAGUGGCUGCUGCACAAGUGCAAGACAUUGCUGGGGCAAGCGGAUGAGCAUGUCGGCGACGGAGAACAAAUGGAGACCGACCACGAGGAGAAACCGCCUAAUGAUGAUGCUGCCGAAGCGGAGAAGGCGCGGCGUGCUAAGUUAGCGGCCGAGCGAAGGGCUAAAGUCAUGGCUCAGAUGAAGGCGCAAAUGAACAAUUUUAUUUCAAACAAUGCGGUUCUGUUCGAAGAAACAACCACUGAGGUGACGGCGGAGGAGCAAGAGAUCCGGCCGCUGUACUGCGGCGCGGCGCUCGGCGUGUGGGGCGGCGGCGUCAGCGAGGCGCCGCGCGUCUGCAUCAUGUGCCAGGAGGAGGCCCGCGUGGAGCUGACGGCGGAGCCGCUGGUGCUGGUGUCGUUCGCGUGCGGCUCGGCCGUGCUGCCCGCGGCGGCGGCGCGGGCGCGCGCGCACGUGUCGGUGUGCGGGCACGCGCUGCACGCCGCCUGCGCCAGGCACUACGUGCGCGGCGUGCUCGAGCGGGAGACCAGGAGGCCUUACCGUCUUCGACAGCCGGCAGCUUUCGACGCAGAAAAGAAGGAAUACCUCUGUCCUCUCUGCGAGCGACUAUGCAACACUUCCCUGCCCCUGUUACCCGCCCCGACAUUGCCGGCCGGCGCGCCUCCGCCGCUCUCGGAGGAAGUGUUCAGGGACUCUGUCGCGCUGAUACUGCAACACCAAGUUUUUUCUGAGGCCGUGCACGUAUGCACUGAGUCUUGCGAGGAGAUGCUGUGUCAGGCGCGAGCGCGUAGCGUGGGAGCGCAGUCAUCAGACAUGGAAGACGGAGAGUCCACCGACGAAGCGCCAGUCUACAUGCUAACCCAAUCCCAGGACCUGUUGCCUCAGGAGUUCAUGGUUCACUUCGAGGGAGAGAUCCCCGCGUACACGGACGAUAUGAAGAGGCUCAUCACGGAGUUUGUUAACAUAUUGCCAGCCGUGUGCGGCGACAUGGAGGACUCAAAUCCGCUGUCCUCAGUAGAAGCAUUAUACAAGGCCACCUCAUACACAAUCCUCAGUACAAACGCGGUCCUUCAGGCCGAGAAGCGACCGCUCCUGGGCGACCUCCCCUCCAGGCAUCGCGACGCGCUCCAAGCGUUAAUACGCCUCGCCGCCGUCAUCCCGUCCGUCUGGCCCUCGCCCAAACAGCUAGCACAUCAUGCCCUAGAAAACCUAAACACACUCGAACGCACCUCACCACUAACUCACCACCCCUUCGAAACUUUAGUAGCUCUAGUCCUCACCGCUCCCUCGCUGUUCAGCAAAACUGCCGGCCCGGCGCGACCCAACCACCUGGCCAGACAAUUCACUAUACAAGUAUUCAGAGCUCUCAUCACACGAGCCAUGAUCGUACUAGACGUCUCAGACUGCGUCAACCACGAACCGAUGGAAGGACAAGAAGACUACAAACCUAUCAAACCUGACCUAGAAAACUUGCUCACAUUCAUGAAGACCCUAAGACGGGGGAAUUUAGAUAUUGAAGAUCUAAAUGCUAAUGACGUAUGGGAGAAAAUUAAAAAUCAAUGCUACACGUUCUUAAGGGCAUCCUGCCUAUUCUACCACUUCUUAAGCGAUAUCAGCCCGCCUACAGAGUUGACGGUGGUCGGUGGUGAUACUUGGGAAGUUAUGUGCGGUUAUUUAGACUUGCCGAGUACUUUUAGAGAGUUAAUAGAUACUCCUAUGGCUAGGAGUAAGUCAGAAGAGUGGUCAGCGCUGUCCAACGAGUGGUUCGCUGGGGAGAUCGACAUAAAGACGGUGGUCGAAACGAAUGAGCCUCCGAAGUUGGUGCCGUUGCCUGAUGACUUCUCCGAGUUAAUGAAUGUGGUUUCUGAAUUCUCUUGUCCGAAUUCGGAGAGGGAUGAUAGCAAGUACCCGACGAUGUGUUUGGUGUGCGGGCAGAUAUUGUGCUCGCAGAGUUAUUGCUGCCAGACUGAGAUUAAAAAGAGCGGUCGAAGCGGCGGCUCCGAGCUAGUAGGGGCGGUGGUCGCACACGCGAUGUCGUGUGGCGCUGGCGCCGGGCUGUUCCUGCGCGUGCGCGACUGCGAGCUGCUGCUGCUGGCCGCGCCCGCGCGCGGCGCCAUGCUGCCCGCGCCCUACCUCGACAACUACGGCGAGACCGACCAGGGCCUCCGCCGCGGUAACCCGCUCCACCUCUGCCCAACCCGCUACGAAACCCUCCGCAUGCUCUGGCUAAGCCACGGUCUACACGAGCGCAUCGCUCGCGCGCUCGACACGAACAUGCUCGUCACCACGCAGUGGCAGAACAUGUGAGCGCGGAACAGGCGCGUGCGAAGACAAGGACGACUGGUUACACUGUAGUGGACACGAAAUAAAGUCUUCAAAAGACUUCAGUAUAAUUGGUUACUUCAUGUAUCUCAAUUUUUUUCUAUCCUUAAAAGCGAUCCGCUGAUCAUUUUGUCAAAGCCUCUAUGAAACGCUUCGCAUGAUCUGGCUAAGCCACCAUGUAAUAUGCUCGUCACCACGCAGUGACAGAAUAUGUGAGCGACGAACAGGCGCGUGCGAAAACAUGCGAGUAAAAAAAGUCUUCAGAAGACUCCGGUAUAAGUGGCUACUUCAUCUCCGGACCAUCUCAAAUUUUGGUGUACGUAAAUUCGAUCCAAUGAUCCGCUUAUAAUAUAUAGCAUAAUGUCAGCCCUGAGCCGUUACCAGGUGCGAUCUACUGGGGUAUCAGCUGGUUAAACUAAAAGUGCAACAAUACUGAUAUAAUCAACCUUUCAAUCUCAUACCUGCUAAGGCAACUCUGCAAGCUUCGGUGUCUUGACACGGUACUGGACUGAAAAGCUCUUCAUUAUAUCACGAUUGUAUGCAUACUAUUCCUAACGCCUAUACAGUAGAACAAUUGCAAUAGUAUUACAUUUUCAUGUCUGUGAAUCUAAUUUCACACGGUGCUACGGUACCCCGGAACAUUUCAAAUCAGACAGGAUUGCUGGACCUCUCAACAUGUCAGAUAUUGCGGCCCCUGUAUACCGAUGAGGAGUAACAGAUUCACAAAUACCAACAUCUUAAAAACUUGUUUGCAAUCAUCAAAUGUUACAAAAGGCUAGAAUAUUCAGUAUCAUCUAGUGAUCAUAUGAAAUAGAAACUGGAAUCUAAACGGGAAAAAUAUCCCUCAAAGUGAUUUGAUUACGCUGGCGGACCGUUCCAAAUCUGAGGUGUCGCUUAUGUAUUAUGUUCAAUUCAAUUCAAUUCAAUAAGCCUUUAUUUAACAAUCUUAUUAACUAGUUUACAAAAUAUAAUAAACAUCUUAUUUCCUAGUUUCACUUAUCUUAUACUUUAAAAACUAUUAUUAUAUAUCAAUGCUCAGUUUCAGACAUCGGAGUCGAGAUUGUCUUGCUUUCCAGCAUAGGCCUCCCCCAAGUUUCUCCAAAGUUCCCGAUCCCGAUGUAUUAUGUACUAGAUAAUUACUACCAUCUUGCCAUUCUUUAAGAAACCCUGUUACAAGUCUUUAAAUAUUUUAGCAGAGCAGCAAUUCAAAGCAAAUUCCAUGGCAUUUAGCAAAUCUAAAAACAUGAAGCUGCAGAUUUAUAAAGAAAAAGUAGGUAGAUAUUUCGCAAAAGAUUUACGUAGCCGAGAGAAUUAGAUUAUAUUCACUUGAAUAAAUGUUGACAUCUUGUUCAUAAUAAUGCAAGACCUUAUAGUAGUACAUUUCAAAUGCCAAGUACUGGUUCUACUAAUAUUUUUUAAUCUAGAUCUUGGCUUUGAAAUGAAUUCGGUAACUGGCAACUUUUACGAAAUCGUAUGUUCAGUUUCAGUUAGAUUCCAUAGGUACGAGUUUGUGAAAGUUGUGAGUCGAUACGUUGAAAAGUUAUUGAUAUUAUUACUAAAAUCUAACUUAUAGAAAAUGUUAGGUAACUAAUGGAAAGUACAUUAGUUUUUGCGAAAGGUUUCUUAUUUUGAACUUAAAAGACUAUUCAUCAUAGUCUCCAAUCUAAGUACUUAAGAGACCUUUCGGAAAUCAAUAAUUAUGAACUCUCAUGACCGAUGAUACAAUUUAUCACAGACAUUUUAGGCUAUACACAAAAGAUAAGAGUUACACCAAGAUAAGUCUGCGACGAUUUUAAUAGCAUACGCAGUGCAAGUGUUAUUUAGACGUCAUAAUAUCAUAGAAUCUUGACGUUUAAAAUAACACUUUUCUGCUAUCACAAUCGUUCCAGACUUGUCUUAGUCUACUCUGUCUGUGAUAUAUUUUACCAUAUUUGUAGGCUUUAUACCUUAACUCCAAAAUAGGGUGUGAUUGUAUUAAUAAAAAUGAGAUGACCCGGUUAGGCAUUGAUGAUGACUCCGGGACUAAAUAGACCAGGAGCCAACGAUAAGGCUGUGGUAAAACUCAAAUAUAAAUCAUUUUUUUUGUUUAAAAGCGUUAUCAUGCAAUGAGGUUAUUUUUAAAUAUAACUGUGUUUGUGCAAUGUUUUAAGUAACUUUCUUUAAUGAGUGUUGUUUUUCUAAUAUUAUGUUAGUUUAUAGUAUAGAUUUUUGUCGUAUGUAAUAAAUAACAUAGCUGUCCGCUAUAAAAGUUUAAAUCAAAGUGUUCUUUGGUGUUGUUUCACCUUAUCACUAACAGCAGUAAGUCGGCUGCUGAUUUUCUUUUACUUAUAUUGUAUUAAAACAUAGGUGCUUAUAUUACUGGACUCAGAAAACAUACAUCACUUAACAUAUAAUUAUAUAAAGUGCGCGUUGAUUGUUUAUUAGCUAUUUAUUACAUAGCAGAGUCCUUUUAAGAUGUUUUUUUUUGUAAUACUCUUAGUGGCCGUUCAUUAAGUAAAUAAGAUUUUUGUCUAUAGAAACUCUUACGUAGUUAAUGAAUGACCCCUUUCAACUGAGACGGAAGAUUGUGAAUUGGAUAGGUUACAAGAUAAUGUUUAAAUUAAAAAUAUAUUGCCUCUAUGAA